CAUACCCGGAAGUGAGAGCGGGAAGGUGAAUGUGAGGUAAACCGGAGAACAUGGCUGCUAGUUUUCUGUCCAGAGGUGUCGGUUUGUUUCGGCUCAGCAGGAAAACAACGGCGCUGCUGUCCGGUUCUCGGUGUUUCUCUCAGACCGAACCGGAGCCGCUGACGGUGAAACAACAACAAGACGGAAUCAGGAGAAUAAUAUUGAACAACCCCAGGAAGAGGAACGCUCUGUCUCUGUCCAUGCUGGAGUCUCUCAGAGAAAACAUUGUGACUGAUCUCAACAGUGAUGAUCUCAGAGUUAUUAUCAUAUCAGCCAGAGGUCCAGUGUUUUCCUCCGGACACGACCUGAAGGAGCUGACGUCGGCUCAGGGCCGAGACUAUCACACUAAGGUGUUUCAUACCUGUGCAGAGACCAAAGAACUACAGACUCUUCACAACCUGCUCAAACUCUUGGUACAGGACCUCACCACACGGGUCAAAAAGGUGAUGACUCUGAUACAGGACGUACCUGUUCCAGUCAUCGCUAUGGUCAACGGUGUUGCCACGGCGGCAGGUUGCCAGCUGGUUGCCAGUUGUGAUGUUGCCGUGGUAACAGAGAAAUCCACCUUUGCCACUCCGGGUGUCAACGUGGGUUUGUUCUGCUCGACGCCGGCGGUGGCCAUCGGCCGGGCGGUACCGAGGAAGGUUGCCAUGGAGAUGUUGUUCACGGGGACUCCCAUCUCGGCCCAUGAUGCUUUGCUGCACGGUCUGGUCAGUAAGGUGGUGCCAGAGGAGCGACUGGAAGAGGAAACUUUAUCCAUCGCUAAGAGAGUUUGUCAGGCCAGUCGACCUGUCGUAGCUCUCGGCAAGGCCACUUUCCAAAGACAAAUGGCUCAGGGUCGGGAUGCAGCGUACGCCACCGCCUCCAAGGUGAUGGUCGACAACCUGGCUCUGACAGACGGCCAGGAGGGCAUCCGGGCCUUCAUCGAGAAACGCAAACCAGUGUGGAGCCACAAAGUAGAAAAAGCCCACGACUGAUGGAUUUUAUUUUUUUAAUUAACCUGAAAUAAUCUAGUGAUGAUCCUGAUUUUUAGUCGCUGGUGUGUAGAAAUUAGCACCAAAGCCCCAGUCUAUGAUUGGACUAGCUGCUUGUAAAAAUGUAUAUUUGUAAUUUAUGAAAUCACAAGGACGGAAAUAUGAACUGUUGACUUCACCUUCCACAGGGAUUUGCCCUUUUUUGGUCUUUUUAAGUAGCUGAACAAUUAUGUGCCUUAAAAGCUGCAGAAGAGAAAACUCCAGACAGUGGAUGAUGUACACUAAUUGACUCAUAAUGCUAAAGAAUGCUGCUAUUAGUCUAAUCUUACAUGCAUUAAUUAGUUACAGAUUGCAUGACUGAAAAGUUCUGUUUAUUUUCUGCUUUGAUUCUUGCAUAAAAAUGUCAAAUAUGCAUAUAAAAGUUGGAAAGAAGGUCACUUUGAAGAUGCAGGACUGCAGGUAAGGUGUGUCCAACCGACUGAACUGAACUAAAGUUUUGUAUAAACCUGAUAGAUUUAAAGUCCGGUUUCUGUAUUCUGUUUUACUUUUAAAGGGUUUUGGCUCAGAUACUAUUUAAAAAUGAUGAAACUGAUGUUCGUAACAUAAAUCUGCAAAUCUACAGAUUGCUAGUAUUACAAAGAACCAUAAAAAUCAAUCAAAAACUAAAACAAAAAAUAAACUAAUGGAGCUUUGUUAUAUUGCUUCUCGGUAAGAAAUUAAGAGGUAUGUAUGUAGCAUCACCAUUUUUUAAAAGAUUCUUUUAUCUGGGUGUACGAAAAUCGAUAUUUAUUUUUAAGAAUGGUAUUUUUGAAUUUGCAAAUUUAGUACAUCGGCAUUCUUGUUUGGAUUAGGGAAUAAUGUAAAAUAAAAACUUGUGUUUAUGUUUA